GAUAAAUGACUGGAGAUCACGAUGGCUCACAUCACACUCAGUCAGUACCUGCAGCAGGUUCUUGAAGCCAUAGACAGCAGAGAUGGGUCGUUCUCUGGAGAGCUGCUGUCAUUCAAACAUCCCCAUGUGGCCAAUCCUCGACUGCAGCUGUCCAGUCCAGAAGAAAAGUGUCAGCAGUUACUGGAGCCGCCCUAUGAUGAGAUGGUGGCCGCACAUCUCCGAUGCACAUUCGCUGUAUCCAAUCAUGACUUUGUAGAGGCGUACAAAUGCCAGACAGUUGUCGUUCAAUCAUUCCUGAAAGCAUUUCAAGCUCAUAAAGAAGAGAAUUGGGCUUUGCCGAUCAUGUUUGCAGUGACCAUUGACCUCAGGGUAUUUGCCAAUAAUGCGGAGCAGCAGCUGCAGUUAAAGGGUAAAGGGAAGGUUGGUGACAUGCUGGAGAAAGCAGCCGAACAACUCAUGAGCUGCUUCAGAGUGUGUGCCAGUGACAAUCGUGCUGGUAUUGAUGACUCAAAGAAAUGGGGAAUGUUGUUUCUGAUCAAUCAACUCUUCAAGAUCUACUUCAAAAUCAAUAAACUGCACUUGUGUAAGCCUCUGAUACGAGCCAUUGACAGCUCGAACCUGAAGGACGAGUACAGCAUGGGCCAGAGAGUCACCUAUAAAUACUACGUGGGCAGAAAGGCAAUGUUUGACAGUGACUUCAAACCAGCGGAGGAGUAUCUGUCAUUCUCCUUCAGUCACUGUCAUCGCUCCUGUCAGAGGAACAAGAGGCUGAUCCUCAUUUAUCUGCUGCCUGUCAAGAUGCUGCUGGGUCACAUGCCCACUAAUCAGCUGCUGAAGAAAUAUGACCUCAUGCAGUUUGCUGAUGUCACCAAAGCUGUGAGUGAGGGAAACCUGCUACUCUUGAAUGAAGCUCUAGUCAAACACGAGACAUUCUUCAUCCGCUGUGGAGUCUUCCUCAUUCUGGAGAAACUGAAGAUCAUCACCUACAGGAAUCUCUUUAAGAAAGUGUAUCAUCUGCUGAAGACCCAUCAGCUUCCUCUGGACGCGUUCCUGGUGGCACUGAAGAUGAUGAAGGUGGAGGACGUGGACAUCGAUGAAGUUCAGUGCAUUCUUGCCAACCUCAUUUACAUGGGUCACAUCAAAGGUUACAUCUCUCACCAGCACCAGAAGUUGGUUGUGAGCAAGCAGAAUGCAUUUCCUCCUCUGUCCAGUGUGUCUUAAACACAACAUCAGAGAAUGAACUUCAGUUAGGUUUAGGGUUUUCCUUUGUCUUUUUUACUGAUUAUGUCAAAUAAAUGUGAUAGUGUUUUGUAAGUGUCUGCUCAGUUUUAUUCAAUAAUGCAGGUUUUAUACAUCAAUAUAAAAGGUAAAGAUCUAUAUCCAAAUAUAUAAGUAAAAUAAAGCCUAAUUUUAAGACCAUUAAGAUUUUUCACAUUGUGACAUUAUUUUCAUGACAAACACAGUUUACCCAAAAUUCUGAUUACUGUAAUGUCUAUUUUAAUUCUCAUUAUUCUCAGUUAUGAUUCUCUUCAGCUUCUCAUUACAGUAAUGGUGCAUACAUCAUGUAUUUAAAGAUAAAAUUAUACUGAGUCAAAGACAAGUACAGGUGAAGAAAACAAAAUACGUAUAAAUCAACCAAAAUGUAUAAAUAAGACAAAGGAGACAAAUAAUCUAAAAUAUUUAUUUUUUAUUUUUUCAGGGGUCAGGAAAGUUCUAAUUUCAGCAUAUAAGAAAGGGUAUACAAUUUUUAUUAAUAAAGCAUAUUAACUCAAUGCAUUUAUUGCUAAAAUUGUGGAGGAUGUGGUUAGGGGCUGUGAACCAGAAAAUGUCUCGAGAUAAAACCCUGAACGAUGUCUUAAGGUGUGGUAACCGUGGUAUAAGUGGAAUAAUUGACUCCGGCACAUUGAAUUGUUGAAAUAUAAUGCACACCUGAGGUGCAUUACCACCUUGGGUCUGCAUUAUUUUUCAACAAUUCAACGGUCUGUCAUCAAUUAUUCCUUACAUAUUACAUUUAGAUAAUUUAAUACAAGGCCUUUUUUAAUUAUAAAUAUACAGGUGCAUCUCAA